CGGUGUAAAAUACCGUGGUUCGUUAUAAAUAAAUCGGCCUUCACCUUUAAAACGGUACGGUGAGCAACUUCUGUUUUCAUUUAGGAGGAUGACAGUUUAGCGGGAAACAGGAACCUCGAUUAACAAUAUUGGAGCAAUAAUUAAACUGUCUCAAGUUUUUUUUUCCAUCGGGGUGUUUACUUAGAUGUUUAUAUAAUGUGUUUAAAGUGGGUUGAUUGUAAGUGGUGGCUGGUGUUUUUUAACAGUGAUGGACAGCCGUAGUUUAUAUUCGCCGACUUUCUGAUGCAACACUGACUGCGUUUAAAUGUUACGGAACAAGGUGAAUCCCAACAUUCACGCACUGAUCAGCUGAGAGAGAGAAUCGCCGGUAGACGACAGGCAGGUCUGAAUUACGUCUUUUUACAGCAGCAUAGCUAAAAGAAAAGUACGAUAUACUAUUCCAGUUUUGUGUGUGGUAUAAAAGAGGAAAUAUAUCAAAUAUUCAACAUGGUUCGAGUUUUGUGUCAGAAUCAAGUGGGAGGGUGUUGUCGUAGAGAAAUAGAUGACUUGACCCCCGUGGAAUUCACAGAGGGGAAAUCCUGCAGUGUCAUCGACGCUGAGAUGGCCAACCGUGCUGCACAGGCUCUGAAUGCAAACAACGAUGAUUCAAAUUUUAGCUCUGACCUCAAUUUUUCUGGAACCUCCGACUCGGGUUCUUCCAGCGAUAGUGACAUGGAUACCAAACUGCUUUACAUGGCUGAGGCGGAUCCAACUGCAAACAAAAUGGAGCCUUCAGAUUUGAAACGACAGCGUAGACGAGAGAGAAACAAGGUGUCUGCCCAGGCGUACAGACAGCGGAGACGAGCCCAGUCCAGCACUCAGAACCAGAUGCUUGUCGAAUUAGAAAAGCGUCACCGGGAAUUAUUGGAGACCGUACGCACCCUUGAAGAGCAGAAAUCCAUCGUCGAGAGCUUGAUUAAAAAGAAGGCGAAAAGUCCUUGGCCUUGGGGUUGUCAUACCACAACAACACAUCCCUACGCCCCCGCUAGAGAGGCAAUGUGUGGAUCCGCCGCUAGUAUGGACGCCCCAAUGUCCAUGUCAACGAGCGCAAUUGUCGCAUCGUGAAGCCCAGUAAACUGUGAAGGAGUUUACUGCCGCUCACCUUGUACUAUAUAUUUGCGCACGCGCAAGGGAGACAACGUCAUAUCCCGUGAAUCUAACUGUGUUGGCCCGGGGGCUUGGUGUAUAAGGUCUCCAUGGAGGGUUUUUGCAAAGUUUCCUUGAAAAGGGAGAUUUUUUGCUGCACGCUAGAUUGUAGGACAAAUUGUCUUGCGUUUUAAUUAGGUGGAAAAUGAGGAGUACGAAGAUCAAUAUUCUGCCAGAAAACUGUCAAAUAUUGUGGACAUCCAAGUUCCCGAAACUUUGAUUCAUAAUGUUCUUGUUUUGAUCCGACAUUAUGAUUGACAAUGUGUAUAGCAAUACUGCCAUGUUUGUUUUCAAUCAUUUUGACAAUAAUUUGUGAGCGGCAGAUGAAGUAUAACAUUGUGUAUCCAUUCUAACAUUGAGUAAAUGUUCUACAAUUGUG